AUGUCAACCUCCUUCGCCGUCCUCCCCGCUCUCAUCCCCGACAUCAAGCCCGUCUACGACGCCUACUUCGCCGCCUUCACCACCGACGCCGACGGGCGCAAGAUCCUCGAGAUCCUGUUUCCGGGCGGCUACACCUCGGAAGAGUUCCGCAAGGCGCACACCGAAGGGACGGUAGCAUGGCUUCACAAGGCCGAGUCGCAGUACACGUGGAAGUGCGUAGACAUUGCGACGGGCGAGAUCGUGGGCAUGGCGCUUUGCGACGUGUUCAUCAAGCCGCGGACGAAGGAGGAGCGGGCGUAUCCUGGCAUUCCUUGGUUGGAGGGCGAGCAGAGAGAAAGGGCGGAUAAUGUCCUUAAGCCGCUUUGUGAGGCCAGGGAGAAGAUUAUGGGUAAUGGGUCAUAUAUCUAUGUCCACGCCAUCGCGGUAGAUCCCAAGCAUCAGGGCCGUGGUGCGGGCGCGAUGAUUGUCAAGGAGCUCAUCAACUUGAGCAAUGACAGCAAUUUGCCCAUUUACUUGGAGUCUUCGGCGUCUGCUGAGGGCUUGUACAAGAAGAUGGGCUUUGUGAGGGUGCCGGAGGAGAGCGCGAGGGUGGUUCAUAGCAAGUCCGUGCUGGGAACGGAAACGGAUGUUGAGGUGCCACUUAUGAUUAAGACGCCGGCCAAGACUCGUUUGUAA